AUGGAAGCUCAUGCACACUUGUUUUACCUUGUAGAUCAAGAAAUACAGGAGGAGGAGGUCAAAUCCUCCUUUAUAAUUGAGAAUUCUAUUUGUAUCACUUAUUGGUGUUCAGUAAAGUUCGUUGAUCAUUUUUCCACACAGGUUCUUACGUUUGUUGUGCUGAUUAUAUGGUUUUGGCGGAUGCCAGUGGCUAACAUAUCUGAGGAACUUUUGCAACCUUUUGAUAAGAUGUUAUCUUGGAGAGCUGGAGGAGCUCUGAAAGAUCAUGUUAUGGUCGGAAUCAUCCCAUGGUUGAUGGUAUCUGCCAGGGUUAAUAGGUUUAUCUACCGAAAAGUAUUGAAGUAAAAUGAGGAUUUGUGGCGAAAGGAGGAGUAAUUUGUUCUCUCUCAAUGUUUUCCCAUAAUACAAAUUUAUCCUUAUUCUUUUGUAUGUAACUGUGCAAGUUAAAUGUGGUCUAACCAUUGGAAAUGUCUUCUGCAUUUUGAUUUAGAUGUUGGGUGAUUUAUUGGUAUAAAAAAUGAA